AACAAAUUAUUCAAGCUAUAACCUAUAAGCCCCUAGAGAAGGGCGAUAUAUCUACCCCGCGAAUAUAAUCCAUGGAGUCAGAAUUACUCAUCGUCUCUUAUUCAUCGACGACAGUUGAAAAGCAAUCCAAAUGGCUACCGGAAAAUUCUUCCGAGUUAUAGAGCUACCUCAGCAAAAACCUCUGGACAACGGCCUUCUUUUCCCGGCGGUGUUAUCGCCAAACCUUACCACUGAUUCUACCGCAGUAGAACUCCAUGAUUUUGAAGAAGCUAUCAGAACUCACAAGCCAUGGCUGGAGUCUCUUCUCCAGAAAAGCGGCGCUAUUCUCUUCCGAGGCUUCCCUGUUGCCUCACCUUCCGACUUCAACCAUGUUGUGGAAGCUUUCUCCUACGCUGAAAUUCCCUACUUAGGCGGCAUAGCCCCUCGGACGAAGGUCGUUGGCCGGGUUUACACCGCAAAUGAAUCUCCUCCCCAUAUCGGAAUUCCUUUCCAUCACGAGAUGUCUUACGCUCCUGAUUUCCCCACCAAGGUAUUUUUCUUUUGUGAUGAAGAACCAGGAGAAGGGGGGGAAACUCCGAUAGUUUUGAGUCAUAUCAUAUACGAAAAGGUGAAAGAGAAGCACCCAGAGUUGGUUGCAGUACUAGAAGAGCAUGGAUUGACGUAUACAGAGGUAAUCAUGGAUGAAGACGAUCCAUCAUCCAUCAUCAGUCGUAAUUGGAAGUCAAAAUUCAACACCGACGACAAAAAUGUUGCUGCGGAAAGGGCAGCAAAGCUUGGAAUAAAGAUUGAAUGGAUUGGGAAUGCUGCAAAAGCUACAACAGGUCCACUCCCAGCCAUCAGGUUUGACAAAGAGAGUCGCCGGAAAACAUGGUUCAACCCUAUUACAACUACUUAUAGUGGCCCUGCGGGAAAAUCGUUUUUUGUCGAGAUCGGUAAUGGCGAUCCUGUGCCUGAUGAUGCUGUGGAAGACUACAGGAAGAUCCUGGAAGAAGAGUGCGUUGCGAUUCCUUGGAAGAAAGGCGAUGUUCUUCUUAUUAAUAAUUUGAUGGUUCUUCAUGGCCGACGACCACUACUAAAGCCACCACGUCGUGUGCUAGCUUCCCUUUGCAAGUGAUCGGCGUUUCAUUGAACUGUUGCAGGAAAAAACAAUGCUGUAGUCUAGUAAUUAAUAGCCAGCGAUUAAUAAAUGCAUAUGGCAAGCUAAAUAAAACAAUAUAAUUUUCCGGUAUGUGUAUUGGUUUGCUUAUAUCGGUUAAGUUUUGGUGUUUUAUACUUUUAUUUAAAAAAAUUUGAACGACGUUUUUUAA